AUGAAGUACGUUAUUGAACACAUGGAGCUGGGCUUCACGCCCUGGGUGGUGCUUGAGUACGCACAGAUCAUCAAGGAUGUAGGAAAGGAGAACUUGUACUUGGUUUCACUUCCGGAGGGAACAACGGAGGCAGACAUGCCCAAGGAGCUUAUCGAUCUCGGGUUGCAGUGGACCACAGAAGACAUCGUCCCGUAUUUGGCCGGGAUGGAGGAUGUCCAGGACAAGAGCGACCUCUGCUUGCUUGAUCCUCGGGCUGAGAUCGACCUCCAGCCGUCGGACACAGCGAACUUCAAGUACUUCAUUUUUGGGGGGAUUCUCGGCGACCACCCUCCAAGGGACCGGACGGGGGAGUUGAAGAAGAAGCUGCUAUGCGCCACGCGUCGUUUGGGCAGCUUGCAAAUGACUACGGACACGGCCGUGCGGACGACCCAGAUUAUCCUCGAGAAGCAGACGAAGUUUGAGAACAUCAAGUUCAUAGACUACCCGGAGAUCAGGUUCAACAAACACGAGGCGACGGAGAUGCCGUUCAGAUACGUGCUCGACUCCAACGGCACCCCGAUCUUCCCCAAGGGAAUGGUGGAGCUCAUCCAUGCAGACAACAUGAAGAGUUUGGACGACUUUUUCUACAGAGAAAUGAUUGUCGGCCUACGUGGAAAAACUAUGACCGUUCCAGAAACUCAAAAAGCCAUUGUCUUCUAUAAGCAUGGAGGGCCGCUUGAAUACACCGACAUUCCGGUUCCUUCCCCAAAAGCCAACGAGAUACUUGUCAACGUCAAGUUCUCCGGGGUUUGUCACAGUGACCUACACGCCUGGAAAGGUGACUGGCCAUCAAAGACAAUUUUACCUCUUGUAGGUGGACACGAGGGAACGGGUGUAGUUGUUGCAAAGGGCGCCAAUGUUACAAGCUUUGAGAUAGGUGACUAUGCAGGCAUCAAAUGGCUCAACAAGUCGUGCUUAUGCUGCGAAUUCUGUCGAAAGGGCGCAGAGAUAGACUGUCCUAAGGCAGUCAUAUCCGGAUACGCACAGAAUGGCACUUUCCAGCAAUAUGCUUUAGCUGACGCUGUUCAAGCAGCUCAGCUGCCACAAAAUAUCAACCUGGCCGAAGUUGCUCCGAUCUUGUGCGCAGGAUUGACUGUGUACAAAGCUCUCAAAACUGCCGAACUGUUAGCUGGUGAGUGGGUGGUGAUUUCAGGCGCAGGCGGAGGAUUAGGCUCCAUGGCUGUUCAGUAUGCCAAGGCAAUGGGAAUGAGAGUCCUGGCCAUUGACGGGGGUGAGGAGAAAGGAGGCCUUGUCAAAUCCUUGGGAGCUGAAAUCUAUAUUGACUUUUUGGAAGCCAAAGAUUUAGUCUCAGAAGUCAAAGAAGCGACCAUGGGGGGAGCUCAUGGGGUGAUCAAUGUCUCUGUUUCUCCAGUGGCCAUAUCUCAAUCCUGCCAGUAUACUAGAAAUGGCGGGAAAAUCAUCUUUGUCGGCUUGCCGCCCGAUGCCGUGUGCAACACGUCAGUGUUCGACAUUGUUUGUAAGUCUCUACAGAUCAAGGGCUCGUCCGUUGGCAACAGAGAAGACACUGCCCAAGCAGUGGACUUUUAUAUCAGAGGUUUGAUUAAAUCUCCGAUAAAGAUUGUUGGACUAUCGAAGAUACCAGAGGUCUUUAAACUGAUGGAGGAAGCUGUUCUGGCCGGAAUCACAUCUGCUCUUCGCCUGGACUUUGAAAGGCACAUUGAAAUUGAAACAGUGACGUUGAAUGUCACUGAAUACACUGCAAUUUUGAACACUACAGAGUUUCUUCUAUGUUUCAACAACUCAGGCUCAUAUGACCUCCAUUUUUUAAACACUUCUGGAAAUGCGGCCCCCACCUUAGGUAUUAUUGGGUCUGAAUCUCCCUCUAGCGCAGACUACAAACUUCUUCACUCUUGUUUUGUUCAGCAAGAGAUAGAUGAUGUGGGAGCUUAUUUCUCACCCUAUUUGUAUUUGGAAGGCGAUAAUGAUGGUUACAGUGUUCAAGCAAUUGAUACUGAGUCCGAAAAAACCUUUUGGAUCUGUAUCUCGCAUUUGCACCUCAGAAGCACCGAAGUGCUUUACACGGUAUUAGUCUAUUCACUUGCUGCACAUAUUGAACUCCUCAAAGACUCCAUGACCUUCCUGGCAGUGCUUUGGCAAGCAAGUGCAAAGCCUGCGUCUUUGGCGUUGGUUAAGACCUCCUUCCCUAAUGAUGUUUGCGAUUCCUUUGUUCCCUCCGGGUUGAAAGGUACCUGCUACAAGUCCGGUAUCAUUGUCAACAAAUUCAACCAAAUGUGUGAUGUUACAAACGAAAAGAUUCUGAAGAUCCUUAACGGCAAAAUCCCACAAGUUACUUUUAGUUGCAAUGCUACAGCGCAAGUUUGCGAUUUUCAGUUCUGGAUAGACGAAGUGGAAAGUUUCUACUGCGACUUGAGUCAUUGUGAUUACGAAUACGAUUUGAACUCAAAUGCCACACACUACAAGUGUAAUGAUGCUCAGUGUAGUUGUUUGGCAGGAAGAAUGUUAUGUGGGGAAAACGGCUCCGUUGAUAUUUCUGACUUUUUGAGUCACGAAAUUAAAGGACCUGCUGACUUUUCUUGCGAUUUGAAUUCGCAAAAUUGUAAGUUCAGCGAGCCUAGUAUGAAUGAUCUCAUUUCUUCAGUUUUUGGUGAUCCACAAAUUAAUUUAUUCUGUCAAUCGGGAGAAUGUUUGCACAAGUCAGAGAUUCCUGGCUUCCAGAUACCGGGUAAGGACAGGUUUACUCUCAUAGAUUUCACAAAGGUAUCAAGUGUCUUUUUGGGCUGUUUAAUUGUUCUACUCUUGUCCUUUGAGAAGGUCAAAUCUUCUCCAUUGUUUUUGAAGUCUGUUUACUUGCCUGAUGGUGAUGACGGUAAUGCAGAACUAGUCACAGCCAAUCUUAUGUUGGAAAAUUAUAAACAAGCAACACUUUCUUUUGACAACGUGUGCUAUGCCAUCAAAAGUAAGCCGGUUUUGAACAAUGCCUACGGUCAAGUAAAUCCGGGUGAAUGUAUGGCUAUAAUGGGCAGCUCUGGUGCAGGAAAGUCAACACUAUUAGACAUUUUGGCUUGUAAGAAUAAGGGUGGCUUUAUCUCUGGUGACUUGUACAUUAACGGAAAAAGGCUAGUUACACAACACGAAUUUAAGAUAUUCCAGAAUUCUAUUGGGUUUGUGAACCAAGACGACAUCAUGAUCUCAACUUUGACUGUUUAUGAAACGGUUCUCAAUAGUGCCUUGUUAAGAUUGCCUAACUCUAUGCCUUUUGAGGUCAAGCAAUCAAAAGUUUUACAGAUUUUAACCGAGUUGAAGAUCCUUCAUCUCAAAGACGUAUUAGUUGGCUCGGAUUUUGAAAGAGGCAUUUCAGGAGGUGAGAAAAGAAGAGUUGCAAUUGCGUGUGAGUUGGUCACUUCUCCAUCCAUAUUAUUCCUUGAUGAACCAACCUCGGGGUUGGACGGGUAUAAUGCAUUCAAUGUGGUUGAAUGUUUGGUGCGGCUUGCCAAAGUUUACAACAGAACAAUCAUCUUUACUAUCCACCAGCCAAGAAGUAACAUCGUCUCACUUUUCGAUAAGCUAUUGCUUUUGUCAGACGGUGACCUAAUUUAUUCGGGUGAAAUGGGAGAUUGUGCCAAAUAUUUUUCAAGCAUUGGGUUCAAUUGCCCAGUUGGAUACAACAUUGCAGAUUACUUGAUCGACAUAACAAACCAAAAGUUCGAGACCACUGCGGACUUUUCAGCCGAGGACCCCCAUGACAGUGAUCCUAACCUUGAGACAAACGAAGUGUCAGAAUGGCAGCAUUACGCUUCUCACAGAGAUGAAUUGGCCAAAACGUUGAAUCCAAAUAAAAUAAUCACCCGAAACGAUAAAAACUUGGCUCAAUAUUUUAAAAAUUCAUAUGUUGCGAUUUCAGUCAAAUCUGCAAUCAAUGAGCAAGUCAAUAACCUCAACUUCCUAUUUUUCGAAAUUGAUUCCAAUCUGUCCAAAGCAAACUGGUUCAAUCAACUCAUUGUUUUAUCAUCAAGGACAUUCAAAAAUUCCUAUCGUAAUCCUAAGCUAUUAUUAGGACAUUACUUACUAUCUUUAAUAAUGGGAUUAUUUUGCUCCUAUCUUUACUACGACGUUGAGAAUAAUAUCAGUGGUUUUCAAAAUAGGUUGGGCUUAUUUUUUUUCUUGUUAACUUUGUUUGGUUUCAGCUCAUUGACGGGAUUGGAUUCAUUUUCGAAGGAAAGGGCUGUUUUUGUUAGAGAAAGAUCGAAUAAUUACUACAGUCCCUUAAGUUAUUACUUUUCCAAACUCUUGUGUGAUGUCCUACCAUUAAGGGUUUUUCCUCCGGUUAUAUUACUUGCAAUUAUUUAUCCAUUAGUGGGGUUAAACAUGUCGGGUUACAAAUUUUGGGUUUCGAUUUCUAUUUUGAUUCUUUUCAAUUUGGUAACGUCAUUGGAAGUACUGGUCAUUGGUAUAGCCGUGAAAGAUUCAGGAUCCGCCACUAUGUUGUCAGUGUUGUUAUUACUAUUCUCUCUCUUAUUUGCAGGUCUAUUUAUCAACAAAGAGACAAUUCCGUUUGGUUUGUCAUGGAUUGAGAAAUUAUCAGUUUUUCACUAUGCAUAUGAAUCCCUUGCGGUAAAUGAAGUCAAUGGCUUGGUUUUGAAAGAAAAAAAAUUUGGGUUAAAUAUCGAGGUUCCAGGUGCCGUAAUUUUAUCAACUUUUGGAUUUGAUGUCAAUGCGAUCCAAUGGGAUAUUGGAUUCUUAGGCAUUUUAUUAGGGGUAUGUGUUUUAUUAGGUGGCCUCAUUUUGUCGCUAUUUGUAUAUGAGAUUCGUUGA